AUGUCAAAUAUUAAAUCGAUUACCUUUAAAAUUACAGAUAAUUUCAGUGAUGUCAAUCUAGCUAAUCUACCUGAAUUCAACCAUUCACAACUAAACGUAGAUACAGAGAAAGAAGGAGAGACUCCACCAACUAUCUCAGUGUUGAGAACCAGCGUAGCACCGUCUGACAACCCGGAGGAGAAACAUUUGUUCAACAGAAACAACUCGUUUAUCAACUCGUGCUUCGAUGCAUACUCGAGACACCACGGUUUGGUUAUACGACCGGACGACAUCUGGAUUGCCAUCGUAACACAAUUCUCAUUCUACAUCAAUGCAUUCUCUGAGGAGUUGCGUAACAAAAUAGUCGAUUUCGAAGGUAAACGUAAUUUGGAUGUGAGCGUUAAUGCUUCGCUCUUGGAUGCACCCUACGAUGAAAUGACUCUGAAAAUGACGGAAUUGAUUGCAAAGAACAUCAAGGAUCCAAGUCUCAGAGAAUGGGCACUGCCUGCUUUCACUACCACCACCUACACUGACCGUGUCGUCGGCGCGGUCUGUCUGAUGGCAACAAUGAAAAACUACUUUAACUACUCGUUCUCACUCCUCUGUGGAUUGCCAUCGGUUACACUGCUCGGCUCCGAAGAAGAUUGGAAACAACUCAUCGAUAAAGUUCAGCGUCUCAACGAAUUCGACCUGGCCGAAACCAAGUAUAUGAGCAAGUGGACAGCGAUGCUCAAUCCAGUGCUCGACAAAUUCCUAGAGUCCGUCAGAGGCAAACCCGAUACCAAUUGGUGGAAUCAAAUCGCCAAUCACAUUGGCGGUGGAUCGGGACCGCGUUAUCUCUCCGGUUGGAUUACGGUGUUCAAUGUGUUCUCACCGAAAGGCAAAUGGUUCGGUGACGACAAACGCAAGAAACCCAACGGUAAGAGUUUCGACAUCAUGGGAUUGGGACUGUUUGACCAUCGUUCCGACUGGCCACUUGUCGACACCAACGACAUCGCACCAGGUUACUCACAGCUCGACAUCACGUUAAACGACCACGGUACACCACGCAAAGCCAAGAUGUUCGCCGGUCACUACACAGUAAAAGUUCAAAACAAAAACACAUUGAUACCACAAUUAAAUUGGUCAUUAACUUUAUGUAACUCUGAUAUCGUUGUUCCAACUGAAAAAACAUAUCAAUAA